UGGGAUUCAGCGACCGCGUUUGCGCUGCGGACUAUUGGUAAAAGCGCCCGCCGACAGUCCCCUCGGGCGGCUGGUACGUACCCUUGGAGAUCUGCUCCCAUGGACCAAUCAUAGAGCUUCACGGACUUCAAGGCCGCUAACGUACCCCCCAUACGUGCCUAAUAGCCCUCCAAGCCGAUUGACGUCGUCCUAAGCUUCAGCAAACGUUCCAACUCCAAGCCAUACCUGACGAGGCAUCCGCUUUGCGCUCUCCCCAAAGCUUCACAAUUCUCUCUUUACCCAGCAACAUAGCCAUUACGAGCUCUACGAGAGCACCAAGCCGCCAAGAUGUUUAUGGCCAGGUCAGAAUAUGAUCGGGGUAUCAACACCUUCUCCCCAGAAGGCCGUCUCUUCCAGGUCGAAUACUCCCUAGAGGCUAUCAAGCUCGGCUCGACGGCGAUCGGUGUCGCCACAUCUGAGGGUGUGAUCCUGGGCGUCGAGAAGCGUGUCACCUCCACCUUGCUCGAAACAUCCUCGGUCGAGAAGAUCGUCGAGAUCGACCGCCACAUUGGCUGCGCCAUGUCUGGCCUCCAGGCUGACGCCCGCUCCAUGGUCGAGCACGCCCGCGUCGAGUGCCAGAGCCACUCGUUCAACUACAACGAGCCCUUGGGCGUGGAGAGCACGACGCAGGCCAUCUGCGACUUGGCCCUGCGGUUCGGCGAGGGUGCCGAGGGCGAGGAGACGAUUAUGAGCAGACCGUUCGGUGUGGCUCUGCUCAUUGCCGGCCACGACGAGAACGGGCCUCAGUUGUUCCAUGCGGAGCCAAGCGGGACGUUCUAUCGCUACGAUGCCAAAGCUAUUGGCUCUGGAUCGGAGGGUGCACAGGCGGAGCUGCAAAACGAAUACCACAAGUCCCUUACUCUCGAGGAUGCUGAGACCCUGGUCCUCAAAACCCUGAAGCAGGUCAUGGAGGAAAAGCUCGACCACAAAAACGUGCAGUUGGCAAGCGUCACCAAGGACAAGGGCUUCAGGAUAUACACAGACGAGGAGAUGGCUGAGGUUGUGGAGCGGCUACCCGCCAAUUGAGGUCAAUCAUCAAAUGGACAAGAUCACGGUCAGAACGUGCCGUUGCACUAGACGCCUUGCGUAUCUCGUCCGCGGUCGCAAUGGAGGCCACACUUACUUACAAUGUAACCUUAAUGAUGAUGACCUUGAAUGAGAGAGAACGCCCCUCACAAGGCCGCGCUG